AUGAAGCCCAAGUCCGGUAACAGAUUUAGGAUUUGUGGAACACCAUCAAAAACUGGCUGCAUCACUUGCAAGUAUGUGUACCAACUUCCCCUCUUUUUCAGAUAUUUUACUUCGGAAUUGACGGACGUUGGAUGUAGGAUACGGAGGGUAAAGUGCGGUGAAGAGCAUCCGUUUUGUAAAAGAUGUACUUCCACAGGAAGGAAGUGUGAUGGAUAUGCGCCUCCCAAAAGUCCGGAUCGUUCAGCAAGAAAUUCUACCCCGCGAAGUAUCUCUAGAGGGUCAUCUCAAAGUCCGGACUCCGACUCCCUGGAACAGCAACUACUCUACUUCUUUCGCACCGUAACAGCCCCCAAUCUCUCUGGCCAAUUCUCAUCAGAUUUCUGGGAAAGGAGAGUGUUUCAGGCGAGCACCAUUGAACCUUCAGUCCGCCAUGCUGUAAUUGCCAUUGCCGGUAUUCAUCAAGACUAUCUCAGCUGGACCCAAAAUAGAGUUGCCAAUCCAUCAAUACAAGCGUUUGCAUUCCGACAAUACGCAAAGGCCAUAACCUACUUACAUCAUUUGAUGUCCAUACAAACCCAGUCCUUUGAUAUAACAUUAAUAGCAUGCAUCUGUUUUAUCAGCUUUGAUUGUCUGCUAGGGAACCACGAGUCAGCUAUAAUUCAUCUCAAAGCAGGGCUGAAGAUACUGGAGGAUAUCAGGCUCCGAAGAUCACCAGGUUCAAACAAGAUUCAUGAAUGGGAGAGAGAAUUUGGUCCAAUUCUUCUGUCUCUGGGCACCCAAGCAGCAUCUUUCAUAAAUCCAAACCACGAUGUCGACAGGUCCGAAUUAUGGGUAUCACUGCGGGAUGUUGGAACAACCAAUCCCACCAACGAUUUCAGGUCUCUUGAAGAGGCAAGACACGCUUUAGACGCUAUCGCAGCCAACAUAACAGUUGAACGGAACGAAAGAGGAAAGAUAUUUAAAAAUGUUCAUUACUAUGACUCGAACAAUCCAGGACUUCCAGAUUCAGUCCAACAAAUGAACAAACUAAUCUCAUGGACAGAAGGAAUAGAUCGCUUUUUGAUUGACUUCAUCACGAACGAUCCAAAUUUCGCUAAACGAAUCAACUUCGGUGCUUCGCUGCUGAAGCUACAUUGUCUGAUAUACCAAAUCGUCGUAGAGGCACCAAUGAACAGUGCAGAGAAAUUUCAAGAUGUGCUGGCACACUGCGAUUUUCUUACGUCUGCUCAUUCGAGUCCGACAUACAGACCGGAACACUCCCCAUUUAUGCCACAUAUGGGGUUGAUCGCUCCUCUGUUUUUCACGAUCCUGAAAGCUCCCGACUUUUCGUGUCGACAAACAGCUGCAGAGCUCCUUUCGCGAGUUCAUGGCAGAGAAGGAAUGUGGGAUGCGCAAGAUGCACUGCGAAUAGCCAAGGACGCACUCGAUGCUGCUGGCUACGGUUCCUGGGCAGCAGAAAACCCACACUUAACAGGAUUUCCUGCACCGACAAGCCAAAGAAUGCGUCAUUCAAUCACGGACCGGAUGGUUUGGCCAUUUGGUGAAAGAUGGGAGAUCCCAAUUUCUUCACAACAUACCACUCCACAAUUGGAUUUCACGGUACCGUACUCAGCAACUUCGUCUCAAACAACGCCACAACCAGCACAGGAGGCAAUGUUUCCACGAGAACAAGUUCCUCCUCAAGUCAAGGUAGAACCGAUAUAUAUGUUGUCUACCGAUACGGGUCCUCAGAUGAUGACCGACACAUCCUUUUCGAAUCUAUUACAACCCGAUUACAAUUGGAUGCCUUAUGAAUGA